GGUGGCAGCCGGGACGUCGGCGGACUGUGUGCGGAGGAAAGGUGCGUGUCCCCAGUGUCCGCUCCGGUCGCCCGGUUAGGAAUGCGCCUCUCGAAGCCGGCGUGUGCUGUACUAACUGAAGAAACACCCCUCUAAGAAGAGUCAUGGUUUGGCAUCGCUUCCAUCAUUAAACGUCUGCGUGCUGGCCGGGUUCGUUGAGCUAGCUGUCGUUAGCCCGCUCCGUUGAUUCAUAGCGCGCUAGCUAGCUCGUGUAGCAUCGCUGCUAGCCGGCUAGUUUCCGUGUGGUCGAUCCAGUCGAGCCGGAGAGAUCCAGACUGACUGCUGAGCCCAGCCGGGGGGCGGCGGCGGCAGGCGGGGGGCCGGGAGAACGAGACGGGGUGGAAGUGAGUCAGGAGCGGCUGAUGAGUUCAGACCAGAGCGGAGAGCCGCCGCUGCUGCAGGAGGAGGCUGAUCCCGGACCGAAGAGCGGUGCGAAGGACGCGGCUCCGCUGGGGAGCGAGGGAGGGUCAGGCGGCAUGGUCACCUCUAAGGGUGCUGGUCUGAACCCGAAUGCCAAGGUGUGGCAGGAGAUGCCUGUAGCCCCCAGUGAGGCUGUCACCAGCAGCCCUCACUGGCCUCCCUCGGACAUCAGUGAGGGUUAUUCUGAGCCUUCGUCUGCUGGGUGCAAGCCGUACACUGUGGGAUUCACGGCCCUGGAUGACAGCAGCUCCACAGCAACAGCUGAGAUAGCAGUAAAUGGAAUGGACCCUCCAGAGCUGGGCUUUUCCCCCGCUGAGCCCUCAACAGGGACCUCAGAUUCCAAAGCUGCAGAGCAGCCCAUCUCCUCUGAGAAUCUCCGCGAGUCUCUGAAGAAAGAACUGGAGUUUUAUUUCUCUCGGGAAAACCUCUCGAAGGACUUAUAUCUGAUGUCCCAGAUGGACAGCGAUCAAUUUGUCCCCAUUUGGACGAUCGCCAGCAUGGAGGGCAUCAAAGUCCUGACCACUGACAUGGACCUCAUCCUGGACGUGUUGAGAUCAUCUCCGAUGGUACAAGUGGAUGAAAAAGGGGAGAAAGUGCGUCCGAAUCACAAGCGCUGCAUCAUCAUCCUGAGAGAAGUCCCUGAAACGACCCCGGUGGAGGAGGUCGAGUCACUGUUCAAAAAUGACAACUGUCCAAAGGUGAUAAGUGUCGAGUUUGCACACAACAACAACUGGUACAUCACAUUCCAAUCUGACACGGACGCUCAGCAGGCUUACAAGUACUUGAGAGAGGAAGUUAAAACAUUUCAGGGAAAACCCAUCAUGGCCAGAAUAAAGGCCAUCAACACGUUUUUCGCCAAGAACGGCUACCGUAGCAUGGACAGCAGCCUGUACGCCCAGCAGUCCCAGAGCCAGUCCCAGUACAGCUCCCCGCUCUACAUGCAGCACGUCUACCCCCAGCAGCAGUACCCGGUCUACGGCAUCGUGCCCCCCACCUGGACGCCCUCCCCCACGCCCUACUUCGAAACCCCUCUGGCGCCGUUUCCCAACAGUAGCUUUGUGAAUGGAUUUGGCUCUGCGGGACAUUACAAGACCGGCACCACUUCUCUCAAUAUCACACGCCCGUUCAACAGAAACCGUGUCCCCCUCUAUUCAAGAAAGAAUGUAAUAAAUGCCUUCAGAAACCACGUGAAGCCCCAGGUGAGGACGAGCGAGGUGACCUCGGCGUCCAUCACGCCCGUACCACUGGAGAGCCUGACCGGCCUGCGCAGCCCGCAGCCUCCCGCCCACGUCGCCGCCGUCGUCGCCCCCGCCAACCCGGUCCAGACCGCCGCCGACCUCAGCUCGGCGUUCGCACAUCUCUCCUCUUCCUCCCCGUUGGACCCCAGCGAUGACGGCGGCCUGGCUGGACGAGGAAGACGGAGCACAACCUACAGAGGGACGCGGAGAAGGCGAGAAGACGAUCGGAUUACGAGGCCCGUACCACUGGCGGAGGUCAAGGUUUCUCCUCCCAAGUUUGACCUGGCCGCCACCAACUUCCCGCCCCUGCCCGGCUGCGUGGUCAGCACGCAGGGAGAACCGGUGCUGGAGAACCGAAUGUCAGACGUCGUUCGCGGUUUGUACAGGGACAAGACGGAACAAGCCAACAAAGAAGCUACCGUGAGUCCGGCUUCAGGCCCGGCCGCCGCGGCAGAGGAGGCCGCCGCUGUCCCCAGCCCGGCUCUGGCUCACGCCAAACCCUCUACUCAACCACUCGGGCCUUCCGCCUCCAGUAUCGUUCGUCAGGAGAAGAGGGUUGAGCGGGCGGAGCCUCCAGCUCCAAAGGCAGCUCCUCGUACGCCUGCUCAAGCUCCCGUCGCCUCCUCUUCUUCCUCCUCCUCCUCUUCCUCCUCCUGCACACAGCCCAUGCCGAGCUCCAGGCCUCAGCCCUCCGCUGCUUCCACGCCGGCGACGCCCAGCACGCCGGCGCCCGCCACAGCCACCAUCCCCGCUCCGUCACAGGAGCCCCGUAAACUCAGCUACGCCGAAGUUUGCCAACGGCCCCCGAAGGACCCUCCCCCCGCGGCCCCGGCCCCGUCCCCGGCGCCCUCCGGCACGGCGUCGGGCCAGCCGCUCCGCGAGCUGCGCGUGAACAAGGCCGAGGAGCUGGGCUCCGGCGGCGGCCCCGGGGACAAGCAGGAGAAGAGCCACGACCGAGAGGGGGGCUGGGAGUGCAAGGAGAGCCGGCCACCGCGCGAACGUGACUCUCAAGGCUACUACCGCAGCAACGGGCCCCGAGGCCCCGGCGGCCUCAAGUUCCGGGACCAGAGGCGCCCGCCGCCGGCCCGGCGCAGCUCCCCUCAGGGAGGCUACCGGCACACUGGCAAAGAGCAGAACAUCCCUCCAGUAUCGCCAAAGUAAAAAAAAAAACAAAAAAAAAAAAACACAACUCGAUAUGAAUAGAAAGGAAAAACAAAAAAAAGAUGUAUGAAUAUAUACAUGGA